UGGUAACGAAGCUCGGCUCAGUUGUCACGGCCUCGCUGAGACAGUCGGCCGCGUUCUAAGCCGCUCCUGUGACUAUCAUCCGGCCAAUUCGUUCGACGCUGCAACAGGUGGAGCCACAAUGAAGGCGACUGCGGCGCCAUCUCUGAAAAGUGCGUGGUUGGAACUAAAUACGUUUCAAGCGCAGAAGAAUGGUUUGGCAAGGCUAGUAACAAAUCUUGAGUAAAUCGUGCACGAUCGAGUGUUGGGAAAAAAGCGGGAGAGAAAGUGAGAGGUUUGCAUGUUGUGUUGUUCAACUUUGACGUGGGUGCCGAGCGUGAUUUCGAUUUCAAAAGCAAACAUCUGUUUGUAAAAUGCAAUAUGGACUCGUUCUUGGAAUUGUUUAAUUCAGAUAAUAACAAAGCUACUAGGAGAGAUACUUGGAAUGAUUCAGAAAAUGAAGGUAAUCGAAUGUCAGACUAUGAAAACUCAAGUAUCGAUGAUGAUCAAGAAGAAAGGCUACCACCAGAACCCGAACAGGGUAACAUUGAAUACAAAUUAAAAUUAAUAAAUCCGUCUAGUCAAAGAUUUGAACACCUUGUAACACAAAUGAAAUGGCGUCUCAGAGAAGGCCAUGGAGAAGCUAUUUAUCAAAUUGGCGUGGAAGACAAUGGGAAAUUAACAGGCUUAACAAGAGAAGAUAUGAAAGCAUCAUUGAAAACUUUAAAUGAUAUGGCUGCUAGAUUAGGCGCGACGACAAGUGUACUACGUGAACGACACGCUAAUUCUAAAAACAAAGAUAUGACCGCGUGUCACAAUAGAGAGGAAAGACAAGUAGCAGAAGUUUUAGUGAAAAAAUUAAGAAAAGGUGAUAGAGAGGAUCAGGACAUUGUUGAUUUGAGACUUGCAGUCACUGGUGCACAGGAUGCUGGAAAAUCAACUCUCUUAGGAGUAUUAACCCAGGGCGAACUAGAUAACGGUAGAGGGAGAGCAAGGUUGAAUAUGUUACGACAUCUUCAUGAGAUAAAAACAGGUCGUACAUCGUCGAUAUCGCAUGAAAUUAUAGGCUUUGAUAACGAGGGACAUGUUCUAAAUUAUGCGGAAAUGGCAACCGCAGAAGAAAUAUGUGAACAUGCAUCAAAAGUUGUUACAUUUAUAGAUCUAGCCGGCCAUCGUAAAUAUUUAAGGACUACGGUACUUGGUCUCACAGGAUAUUCACCUCAUCACGUAAUGUUAGUCGUAGCACCGCCUAUGAAUGAAGCAUCGCAAGAACAUAUGGCAUUGUGUCUUACAUUAGGACUUCCAUUUUUUAUAGUUGUAAACAAAAUUGAUCUCGGUUUUUACAGUAUACCUGAAACAAUAAAUCAGUUAGAAAACGCUAUUAAAGCACAGGGAUAUUCUAAACAAUUAAUAAUGUGUAAUAAAAAUCAAAUGUCAUGGGAUUAUGAAUCAGAUAUAAUACCAGUUUUCAAUGUAAGUUGCGUUACUGGAGAAGGUUUAGAAGAUUUGACAAAUUUCAUCAAGAAUUUAUCACCAUAUGACGUAAACUCUACAGAUUCAGAUUCUGAAUCAUGUUUGUUUCAAAUUGAUGAAACUUUCAGAGUAGCAGGGUUGAAUGAACCUGUUUUAGGAGGAUUGCUUGUGAAAGGAGCAAUUGCUCCUGGAACUCGAUUAUUGGUAGGCCCUUUACCAGAUGGCGAAUUCAGUCCCGUUAAAGUUGUUAGUUUACAUCGAAACAAAGCUCCAUGUUGUUUAGUAAGAGCAUCGCAGAGCGCUAGUCUAACAUUAGCACCACCAACAAAUCGAAGUCCUCCUUUGCCUCAUCUACGACCUGGAAUGGUUUUAAUAUCGUUAUGGGAUCAACCUCAUGCGACACUUUUUUUCCAAGCUACUGUAUUAAUAGUAUACCACGCAACGGCAAUAUACUCUGGUUUUCAAACAACCGUACAUGUGGGAAAUGUAAGACAAACAUGUAUCAUUAAAGGAAUAAUGGAUGCAAAAGACAGAGGUUUGCAAACAAACGAUACGGCAUCUGUGUUGUUUAGAUUUGUUAAUCAUCCAGAAUAUUUACAUGUCGGUAUGCGACUACUAUUGCGAGAAGGUCGUACAAAAGGAAUUGGUAAAAUAACACAGAUAUUUCCACUAUUAGAUCAGCAAAACAGUAUGCAAUAAAUUAAAUAAAAGUAUUACAAUAUAUAA